AUGGCGCAGGUGGUCUCUCAGGAUCCCGGUGCUCGCGAGCACGAUGCCGGCUUGGGCGUCAAGGGCGACAUUAAGGAUGGCUUCGCUACUCGCCCCUCCCGCUCGGACGAUGGCGGCGCCGACAACAUGCUGGAGCAGCUUGGCUACAAGCCCGAGCUUGAGCGCAGUCGUUCGACGCUGCAGGUCGCCUUUAUGUCCUUCGUCCUCGCUUCCAUUCCCUACGGUCUGGCCACAACCCUGGUCUACCCCUUGGCUGGCGGUGGUCCCGUAAACAUCAUUUGGGGUUGGCUCGGCGUGUCUUUGAUCAUCAUUUGUGUCGCUGCUUCGCUUGGUGAAAUCACCAGUGUCUACCCUACUGCCGGAGGUACUUACCGACUCUCCCUUGCCCGUCAUGCCCGCCUUGCGGCGCCCGAACCGGUCCCGAUAUAA